GCUGCAGCCAUUUCCGGUUUCGGAGAGGUGGGUGCGGUGCGGAGCGGGAGUUGGCGCCGCCGCCGCCUCCAGAGCCUGUCCUGCUGCCGGGUGCUGCCGGGAGGAUGCGGCCGGAGCCAGGAGGCUGCUGCUGCCGCCGCCCGAUGCGGGCGAACGGCUGCGUGAAAAACGGGGAAGUGAGGAACGGGUACUUGAGGAGCAGCACCGCCACCAUCGCGGCUGCGGGCCAGAUUCAUCAUAUUACAGAAAAUGGAGGACUGUACAAAAGACCGUUUAAUGAAGCUUUUGAAGAAACACCCAUGCUAGUUGCUGUGCUCACAUACGUGGGCUAUGGUGUACUCACCCUCUUUGGAUAUCUUCGAGAUUUCUUGAGGCAUUGGAGAAUUGAAAAGUGCCACCAUGCAACAGAAAGAGAAGAACAAAAGGACUUUGUGUCCUUGUAUCAGGAUUUUGAAAACUUCUAUACAAGGAACCUCUACAUGAGGAUCAGAGACAACUGGAAUCGACCCAUCUGUAGUGUGCCUGGAGCCAAGGUGGAUAUCAUGGAGAGACAGUCUCAUGACUACAACUGGUCAUUCAAGUACACAGGGAAUAUAAUUAAAGGUGUAAUAAACAUGGGUUCCUACAACUAUCUUGGAUUUGCGAGGAACACUGGAUCAUGUCAGGAAGCAGCUGCUGAAGUUCUCAAGGCAUAUGGAGCAGGGGUGUGCAGCACUCGCCAGGAAAUUGGGAACCUGGACAAGCACGAGGAACUAGAGAAACUGGUAGCAAGGUUCUUGGGUGUGGAAGCUGCUUUGACCUAUGGCAUGGGAUUUGCGACAAAUUCAAUGAACAUUCCUGCUCUUGUUGGCAAAGGUUGCCUGAUUCUGAGUGAUGAGCUGAACCAUGCAUCCUUGGUUCUAGGAGCCAGACUGUCGGGAGCAACCAUUCGAAUCUUCAAACACAACAAUAUGCAAAGCUUGGAGAAGCUUUUAAAAGAUGCCAUUGUUUAUGGUCAGCCUCGGACGAGAAGGCCCUGGAAGAAAAUCCUAAUCCUCGUGGAAGGCAUAUAUAGCAUGGAAGGGUCUAUUGUUCGCCUUCCUGAAGUGAUUGCUCUCAAGAAGAAAUACAAGGCAUACUUGUAUCUGGAUGAGGCUCACAGCAUUGGGGCUCUUGGCCCUUCAGGGCGCGGUGUGGUAGACUACUUUGGCCUGGAUCCUGAGGAUGUAGAUGUUAUGAUGGGAACAUUCACAAAGAGCUUCGGUGCUUCAGGAGGAUACAUUGGCGGCAAGAAGGAGCUGAUAGACUACCUACGCACACAUUCUCACAGUGCUGUGUACGCCACGUCAAUGUCACCACCUGUGAUGGAGCAGAUCAUCACCUCCAUGAAGUGCAUCAUGGGGCAGGAUGGCACCAGUCUUGGCAAAGAAUGUAUCCAGCAGUUGGCUGAGAACACCAGGUAUUUCAGGAGACGCCUGAAGGAAAUGGGGUUCAUCAUCUAUGGCAAUGAAGACUCCCCGGUGGUGCCUUUGAUGCUCUACAUGCCGGCCAAAAUUGGCGCCUUUGGGAGAGAGAUGCUGAAGCGGAACAUUGGUGUAGUUGUGGUGGGAUUUCCUGCUACCCCAAUCAUUGAGUCCAGAGCCAGAUUUUGCCUGUCAGCGGCUCAUACCAAAGAAAUACUUGACACGGCUUUGAAAGAGAUAGAUGAAGUUGGGGAUCUGCUGCAACUGAAGUACUCCCGCCACCGGCCGCUGCCUCUGCUGGACAGGCCCUUUGACGAGACUACCUAUGAGGAGACAGAAGACUGAGCCUUUCUGGUGCUCCCUAGAGGGGGAUGCUUCCUCCCAGGACAGUGUGUGGCCUUUCUGAGCCAAUCCCAGGAGCCACACUUCAGUGACCACUUCAUGUGAAAGACAUUUCCCAAGCUACUGAAGAUGGCCACCUCCACUCCAAAUGGCAUUUUGUAAAUAGUAAAAAAACAAACUGCUUCACAUUCUUCCUUUGUUUGCUAAGUCUCACACACACACACACACACACACACACACACACACACACACACAUAUAUGAUUACUUUGUCCAUUAAAAAUGUUUUAUUUUAUAACUAUUCUACUUGUGAAAUCACGCUGACCCUUGCCUGUGGCUUCUGGCAGGCAUUCCCCACUGCAGUCAUCUCAUAGGCUUGGAUCCAUCAGGACCUACUUCAGGCCCUGGCUCUCCAGCCUUGAGACUCACUGGCCCUCUCCCUAGGGAGCAAGUGCCUUCUGCUGACUUCCCGCCCGGGUCUCAGAGGUUGCCCCCCUUGUAAUCCCUUUUUAACCAGUCGAGUUAACCAACCAAAGCAUUCUGUCUUUAGUCUUAAGGUAAACGUAACCAAGACCCAAUGGCUUAUGUGACUGACUCCUCCUGGCCAAGGACUUCCUAAAACUGGUCUCUUUUUGUUGUUGUUCUGUUCAUCAAAUAAUUUAUUCAUUAUCAGAUCUUUCUUCAUAUGAUCUCUGAAGAUGUAUCCCAUGAUUUAGUUCUCCCUGAAAUCUAACCCUAAUGCUUCCCACCUCCAAAGUUACAACCCCCUCUGGCUCAUUCAGGGUCCAGAUUAAGAUUUGACCAGUAAAGGCAAGUGUUGGUCAGUCCUUUGCUCAUGUCCCACUUCACCAUUAGUGGGGUAAGCUUUCUGUGUCACUGACCCACUUGAACAAUGCUCUUCCAAAGGCCAGCUCUUCUACUCCUCCUGUGCUAACAAGAAUUUACCCAGCAUCUGGGCUGGCUUCUCUUGUGCUUCCAUUGUAUUUCCCCCUUUGAGGAAUUCAUCAGAUACCUCUUUCUUAGACUGGAAUAGCCUGUUUUCCUGUCUCCACGGGGUGAGGGGCUUCAUCCAGAGCUUUGUGCUGCUUGACCAAAGAACACAUCCGAGGAGCACCGUUUUAAAGUUAAUUUUUUUCUUUUGACCAAAGCAUAAUUGAAGAGAACUUUUGACUUUAUUGUACUGAAGAUGAAUUUGUCUUUUAGUACUGAUCAAGUGUUAUAAGAAAGGAUUGAGAACAGAAUGGGGGAAAACUGUUUAGAA